AUCACAAGUACGCUCUGUGCCUCCUAUAGUUCCGCAGAAAACCCAUAAAACCCACGGACUGUAUAGAUAUACUUCCUCGGUAGAAACAGCCUAUGCUGGAGCUUUUCGCCUGGGUGAAAUGUUUUAAAGACAUUUAGUGCUCGACCAGGAUUUGGAUCGGGAUUUUAAAAAAAAUUUUUUUUACUUUUUUUUUCAGAGUCUUCAGUGGAACUUGUUGGAGGUUUCGAUUCCGACAUGAUUCACCUGUUUCUGUUUUUGUGUGGUUGAAGACAGAGUCGUCGAGUGGAGGAGGAGAAGGAACAUUUUUCAUUAUUAUUAUUUAUUUUCAACGGCUUGUCUGGGCCAGGACAUGCUGAUGGACCAGGACACUCAGUGGCUGCACCAGCUGCUGGCUGAGGUCCAGCUGGAGAAGUUCUACGUUCGCGUCCGAGACGGCCUCAACAUUACCCGCGUGGAGCACUUCAACUAUGUCAAGGAGUCGGACCUGGAGCACAUCGGAAUCAGCAAGCCAGCACAAAGGCGAUUAUGGGAAGCCCUGAAACGCUACAAGACGGCUUCACGCUCACGGGGAUGGAUUCCCAGGAUGUUCAACAGUCGAGACGCAGGGGAACAGUCCGGCCCAGUCGGCCCAGUUCAGCCACAGGAGAGAACUGCGCCUCGUCUGAUCCAGGACAGUGAGCUGAUUCUGGGGGAGAAGUUGGGCUCGGGGUCCUUUGGGGUGGUGAAGAGGGGAGAGUGGCACACACCGACAGGCAGAGUGCUCCCUGUGGCUGUCAAAUCCCUGAGGAGCAGCAGGUCCACACAGGCCGACACACUCACAGACUUCCUGCAGGAAGUCACCACCAUGCAGUCCCUGGACCACCCCAACAUCAUCCGGCUCUACGGCGUGGUCCUCACGCAGCCGCUCAAGAUGGUAACAGAGCUGGCUGUUCUGGGCUCAUUAUUCGACACCCUGCGGGCACGGCAGUUCGAGUACCCGCUGCUGCGCCUAUGGCUCUUUGCCACCCAGAUUGCGGCAGGUAUGGACUACCUGGAGACCCGGAGAUUCAUCCACAGGGACUUGGCUGCCAGAAACGUGCUGCUGUCCUCCAGGGAGGCAGUGAAGAUCGGAGACUUCGGUCUGAUGCGGGGCCUGAGUCAGGAGGCGGACCAUUACAUCAUGGGAGCACACAGAAGGAUCCCGUUUGCAUGGUGUGCCCCCGAAAGUCUCCGAAUCGGCUCCUUUUCCCAUGCCUCUGACGUCUGGACGUUUGGUAUCACCAUGUGGGAAAUGUUCACCUACUGCGACGAGCCUUGGUUUGGUCUCUCAGGCAGACAGAUAUUGUUGCGUGUGGAGCAGGAAGGUGAGCGACUGGAGAAGCCGGCAGACUGUCCCCAGGAGCUGUACGUCGUCAUGAGGAAGUGUUGGGCCGUCAACCCCGCCGACAGGCCCAACUUUGCCGAUCUCAUUGCAAUGCUGGCAGAGGCUAAGCCGGCACAGUUCCAAGCAACGAGAGAAUAUUCAGAGCCCAGAAAACUUUCUCUCGCUCCGAACGACACUGUGACGGUCAUAGACCACGGACUGGAAAUGAGCGAAUGGCGUGGCCAGAAUCAGAGGACGCUCGUCAUCGGCCUGUUUCCCGCCAGCCUGAUGAUGCCCACCAUCACUGUGGGGCCCAGUCCGCCUUCUGGCGGCUCCAUCAUCUCCAACCCGGUGAAGGGCAGCCUGCAGCACAUGGGGCACGGAGACAUCCACCCUGACCGCAGCUGGGGCUCACCUGAGGGGCCGGAAGACAAAAGCGGCUGGAGGAUGGGAACUGGCAGGGAGCAGGAGGCAACCAACCUGCAGAAAAUGGCAGGUAUGUCUCAGAGCCUGGAGUCGGUCCUAAGUGGCCGCCGCCCCAAGCCUCAGACCACAGGGCCUCUCAGAGUGGAUCAACAGGGCCGGCUCAUGGCCCCCGCCAUGAUCGCCCAGAGCGUGAUGGUCCAGAAGGAUCUGCGGCGCUUCAGUGAGGCCAACCUCCCUGCCCCUCCCCGGCCACCGCUGCCCAACCUGGCUCGCGUGAACCCGAGGAACCAGAGGAAGCUCCUGGCUCAGGCGCCGGCGCCCUCACCCUGGUCUUCACAAAUGGUCCUGUCCCCGCCGCCGCAGCAGACACAACCCCCGGUUCAGUUCCCUCCUCAGCAGGGCAACCUGGUUAAAAUGUCCCAGAUGGCGCGUUCAACGCCGCAGCUGGAUGACGACCAAAAGGAGAGACCGAGGGACAGAGAGAAAUCGUCUUAUACGCAAAACACAAAGGAGAGUCUUGUUGCACAGGUGAUGGAGGCGGUGCACGGCGUGACCACUGAAGAGGUGCAAAGUGCGCUUCAGUGUAACGACUGGAAUCCAGUCCGGGCUCAGCAGCAGCUCAAGGUCGAGCAGCUCUACUCGCUCAGCCUCUGCUCCGCAGACAUGUGUGUGAAGAUCCUGACCAAACACCAGUGGAACCUGGAGCACGCCAGCAGAUACCUUCUGCGGGUGACCCGGGAGGACAGGCUCGGCACCGGAGAGAGGGACCGGCCUCAGGUUAGCGCAGAGAGACGGGUCUGAAGAGAUUCGCAGAUGUCCGACUGGCUGAAGCCGGACUUCGUCAGCAACACGUGGCUUCACAGAGACCCGCUGCGGCGCCAGGCGCUGCCAGAACCAGCUGCUUUACGACGGGAGCAGGACUCAGCCCAUCAAAGCAGAAACAUGAAGGUUUUCAAACAGGAUUUACCAGAGACUAAAAACCUCCAACUACUGUUUUGUUUUGUAUUUUUUUUUACUGUUUUUGUUCUCAUUGUGCCAUUAUUUAGCACGUUUGCUUUUUUAUGUGGAUGAAUUUAUGUGUGAAUGUAGUGUUAGACAUGCUUUUGUGCUUUUGUUGAAUAAAAUGAACCAGUCUACAAUUUCUGUCUUAAAUAACCUUUAUUUUUCAUAAUUAUAUAAUAAAUGCAUUUUAACAAUU